GGGGUGGGGGUUAGAAGGGGGGGGAAGUAAACAAACAGAUGUGUGGCUCGUCAAGCUUUCAAAUCACCACGUGAAAGAAGGAAGGUCAGAGUAAUAGCUGCCAUUAUUGGUAUACAUUAUGGGUACAAGAAUAUCAGUAAUCCUUCUCAUAACUACAGCUUAAAAAGUAUUAGAUUUAUGAAUGGUUCAACAUUAGUGUUCCCUCUUCACUCAUCCUGUGGAGUGGAGGCACUGCAAUACCACACUGGUGACAGAGUGACGAUGCUGUGAUGACUGUCAGCUGAGAGAUAAUUAUGCAUAGCAACAUAAUGGAGUAAAGAUAAAAGACGGGUUAAGUCGUAAGUAUUUUGGUGAAAUGUGGCGCUGUUUGCCAAGAGCCCUAAGGUACUAUAAACCACUCAGGGCAGCCAGCUCAGGGCCACCUCGCCGACAGGAGGCAAGCAACGGUCCCCUCCACAGAUCCAGGCUGACUGUAUGCAUCGAGGGCAACAUUGGCAGCGGGAAGACAACUUUACUGAAGCAUUUCUCACAAUUUCCUGAUGUGGAGGUUAUCUGGGAGGACGUGGACAGCUGGUGUGAUGUUGCGGGCUACAAUCUCCUGCAGAUGGCUUACCAGGACAGCAGUAGGUGGGCACAUCUACUGCAAACCUACAUUCAACUUACUUUUGCAAAGGGUCAUGCAAAGAGAGUCUCUGAUGGAUCAAAGGUGAAGCUAAUGGAGAGGUCAAUCCAUUGUGCAAGAUACUGCUUCAUUGAGAAUCAGUACAGGAGUGGAAUUAUCACUGAAGCAGAAUACCUGGUGGCUUGUCAUUGGUAUCGGCAACUGACUUCCAUCACAGACUGUCAAGCUGACUUAGUGGUGUAUCUGCGGACAAACCCACAGACAUGCUAUGACCGGGUGGUGGGAAGAGGCCGCCCUGAAGAGGUUGGCCUGCCUCUACAGCUCUUGCAAGACCUCCAUAAGCGGCAUGAGGAGUGGCUGCUGGAAGGAAGGUUUCCAACAUAUGGUCCUGUAACAGUGCUAAAUGCCAGUGCUGACUUGUCUGCCAUGGUGAAGGAGUAUCAUACACUUAAGGCCUGCUUGGCUGGGACAGCAGACAAAAGCUGAUGGAUGGGUAUGGUUUGACCACCCUUAGAUCUAGUUGCUGCACUGACUUGCUACUUUGUAUGUCAUCAAAGUUCAGUGCUGUCUUGAUUUGACAAUAUGAAAUCUAGUCACAUUUAGUGGAAAGCUUUCUGUUGUUGCUAAGUUAUCAGUUUAAUUGAUGUUUCUUAUAUAGAUUCAGAUAAUUCGAUGGAUGUAAAAGCCUUAAAAGUAAGACUGAGAUAUAAAGCACAGUUUGAAUCCAUCAGAAUUCUGCAUGAUGGUUUGAGACAAGCAUUUGAAAGAAACACCACAGUUCCUUACUUCUACUUUUUCCUUUUCUCACAUCUUCACUCCAUCCCCAGCUUCAUCUCUCUCUCUCUCUCUCUCUCUCUCUCUCUCUCUCUCUCUCUCUCUCUCUCUCUCUCUCUCUCUCUCUCUCUCUCUCUCUCUCUCUCUCACCAGCCACAUACCUUAAUGAAAAGAAUGGAAGUGAAAGGCCUAAUAGCUAAUGGUUAACUAAGUAUUGGAUGUGAUCUGUAAUAUAUAGUUAAGAAAAUAAACUUCUUGACCCAUAACA